AUGACGGUAUCUCCUUCAUCAUCGGCCUUCAGUAUUAUUGAGAACGAGGGUGGUGUUAUCUCGUCGUACGCUGGUGGCAUCGGGAAGGAAGAGGGCAAACAAAGAGGAAGUGAAGAGAGGAGAGGCGCGAACGAACAAGGAAAGGAAGGAACUAUGAGGAGGAAGAGAAGCAGAGAAGACAAACGAAGGAAGAAGACGAAGUGCUGUAAAGAAGUGAAGAAGCUCAAAGGAAGGCUUGGUGGGCUGAAGAAGAAGGCCGCAAACAAGGGAAGAGAAGAGAAGAGGAAAACCGAAGACGAAGGAACUAUGAAAGGAAGUGAAGAAGAAGGAACUGAAGAUGAACGACAGAAGAAGAUGAAUCGCAAACAAAGGAAGAAGGAAGGAAGGCGAAAUGAACUGGAACGGAAGAGGAAAGUUGCAAACGAGAUGAAGAAGAAGAGGAAGAACGAAGUUUAUGAUGCGAAGAAGAAGAAGGAAGGAAGACACUGCAAACAGAGAAGAGCGAAGGCAAAGACGGAAAGGAAGACUAAGGAAGAGAGAGGAAGAGGAGAACGAAGAUGA